AUGGCUAACAACUUGCAGCGCGAGAGGUCUCGUUCUCCACGUCGUCGUUCCCGUAGUCCACGUCGCAGUCGUCGUUCCUACUCUCCUCGUAGUCGGUCCCGUAGUCGUGAAGACUACCGUCGCAACGAUCGUCGAUCCAGAACUCCUGUAAGCGGUACAGCUGGUGCUACUGGCGGACAUUCAAGCUCCGGAUACGGUGGACGUGGCGCUUCUUCUCGUUCUUUCGAGGAUCGUUCUUUUGCCAAGGAACAAAUGAUGCAAUCAGUACGCGAAUCUUCCCAACAAGACCGCCGGGUCUAUGUUGGCAAUUUGUCAUACGAUGUCAAAUGGCAUCACCUUAAAGAUUUUAUGAGACAGGCUGGAGAGGUCCUCUUUGCCGAUGUUUUACUACUUCCCAAUGGAAUGUCGAAGGGCUGCGGGAUUGUGGAAUACGCAUCGAGGGAGCAAGCUCAAAAUGCUGUAGCGACGCUCAGUAACCAAACUCUCAUGGGUAGACUUGUUUACGUUCGCGAGGACCGUGAGGCAGAACCCCGCUUCACUGGCCAACCUGCCCGUAAUGAUUUCGGAGGCCCUGGACGCGGAGGCUAUGGAGGCUAUGCCUCAGGCCCUGGUACUGGUGGUGGCCGACAAAUCUAUGUCUCCAACCUCCCAUUCAAUGUAGGCUGGCAGGACUUGAAGGAUCUAUUCCGCCAAGCUGCGCAACACGGUGCUGUUGUCCGUGCCGAUGUGCAUGUUGAUCCCAGUGGCCGCCCAAAGGGUUCCGGCAUUGUCGCAUUUGAAAGUGCGGAUGACGCGCGAAAUGCUAUCCAACAGUUCAAUGGAUAUGAUUGGCAGGGUCGAACACUGGAAGUUCGCGAAGACCGUUAUGCGGGAUCGGGCCCUGGCUUCGCUGGACGUGGCGGGUUUGGUGGAGCUCCAGCUCGUGGUGGCUUCAUGGGCGGCCGUGGCGGGUUUGGUGGUGGCCGUGGUGGAUUUGGUGGUGGGUACGGUGGUGGAAGAGGCGGUUUUGGAGGCGGGUACGGUGGUGGUCACAGUGCUGGCCCAGUGGAAGGAUCAGUUCCUCCAAAUCCAUUCACGGAUUUUGCAACUUCUGGUGGAGAGAGGAGUGCAACUAUCUAUGUCCGCAAUCUUCCUUGGUCGACCUGCAAUGAGGAUCUAGUUGACCUCUUUUCGACGAUUGGUAAAGUUGAAAAGGCCGAGAUUCAGUAUGAGCCUAAUGGACGCUCCAGAGGAACUGGAGUAGUUGAAUUUGACACCGCUGAAAAUGCAGAAACCGCUAUCAACAAAUUCACGGGGUAUCAGUAUGGUGGUCGCCCUCUAGGCCUGACCUUUGUCAAGUACUUGAACAAUGGUGCCGCAGAUGCCAUGGAAGGCACAGAAGCAACAGGCGGUCUUACCCAAGACCAAAUCAUGUAAAAUGUUGGCAGUAUCGGGUAGUGAGCCUUCUGCUUGUUAACUUGUCCUCACCAAAAAUCUCGCUUCUCGGUGACGGACUUGCUUUUGGUUUCAUCUUAUUUUAAGAACUGCGUUAAUCAUUUCCCCCUCUUGUUUUCUUUCUCUCUAUCGUUUGCCAUAAAAAUAUUUCACCAGCUUACUCCCCAAAAGAAGGAACAGGUCUGCUUCUACUUGUUAUCGAUUCAGCAUCAGCUCACGGGCUUGAAUACCGGAUGGGUGUUAAUUUGCCGUUCCCGGUUCCUCCAUCACCUCUCUAGUUUCUUGCUAGGUAUGAGUGUAUGAUGGAUUUUCCUGUAUUUUUUUUUCCUCCUCCUCCCCCCCCUCUCUUGACCAUAACUUGUGUUUUGUCAUUUUAUUGAGUUUCAUUAGCUGGGAAAAAUGUGCUUUGCUUUUGAAUCUCCUUGUUAAUUUCCUUAGUGUCGUUUCUGCUCUACCUACUAUCUUAGUUACUUCUGUUUCGCUUGCUUGCAAAAUUGUAAAACUGCCCGCCUAAGACGACCUUCUAAAUUUAUAUCAUUCAAUUGUUUGAUUU